UCCUGGGGGCCGGAAGGAGGUGGAAACUCCUGCAUCCUACGGGAGUGCCAGCAGACGCGCGUGGUAAGAGAGCGCGUGGCUGUUAUAGAGACUUGUUGCUGGAGCGCGUGGCUCGUGCGCGGAAGUCAGAGGUGACCGAAAGCCUGACGUCGCUGUAGAAGCUGAGACCGCGAGCUAUGGUGGGGAGAUCUCGGCGGCGCGGAGCGGCCAAGUGGGCAGCUGUGCGAGCUAAGGCAGGUCGCGACCCAGCGGACGAAAAUGAUGACAAUUUGGAAUCUCCACCCUCACCAGGGGACUCCAGCUACUACCAAGAUAAGGUAGAUGAUUUCCAUGAGGCCAGAUCUCGGGCCGCCUUGGCUAAGGGAUGGAGCGAAGUGGAGAGUGGGGACGAGGAGGAGGAUGGCGAUGAGGAGGAGGUGCUUGCCCUAGAUAUCGCCGAUGAGGACGAUGAAGAGAGUGCGGGGAAUGAGGAGGAUGACGAUGAUGAUGGUGGGAGCUCCAUGCAGAGUGAGGCUGAGGCCUCGGUGGAUCCCAGUUUGUCGUGGGGUCAGAGGAAAAAACUUUACUACGACACGGACUAUGGUUCCAAGUCCCGAGGCCGGCAGAGUCAACAAGAAGUAGAGGAAGAGGAAAGAGAGGAGGAGGAGGAGGCACAGCUCAUUCAGCGGCGUUUAGCCCAAGCUCUGCAAGAGGACGAUUUUGGAGUUACCUGGGUGGAGGCCUUUGCAAAACCAGUACCUCAGGUAAAUGAGGUUGAGACACGGGUCGUGAAGGAUUUGGCGAAAGUUUCAGUGAAAGAGAAGCUGAAGAUGCUGCGAAAGGAAUCACCAGAGCUCUUGGAGCUGAUAGAUGACCUGAAAGUUAAGUUGACAGAGGUGAAGGAUGAGCUGGAGCCAUUGCUACAGUUGGUGGAGCAAAAGAUCAUUCCACCUGGAAAAGGAAGCCAAUACCUGAGGACCAAAUACAACCUCUAUUUGAACUACUGCUCCAACAUCAGUUUUUAUCUGAUCCUGAAAGCUAGGAGAGUCCCUGCACAUGGACAUCCUGUCAUAGACAGGCUUGUUACCUACCGAAAUUUGAUCAACAAGCUGUCAGUUGUGGAUCAGAAGCUGUCCUCUGAGAUUCGUCAUCUGCUCACACUUAAAGGUGGUGCUGGAAAGGAAGAACUGAAUCUAAAAGCAAAAUCCACAAAGGCCAAGCCAAAAUCUGUUUCUGCUGUUGCUGCCUCCACUGUUACAGACCUUUCUGAUGAUUCUGAUUUUGAUGAAGCUGCACUGAAAUACUAUAAAGAAAUAGAAGACAGACAAAAAUUGAAGAGAAAGAAAGAAGAUAGUACUGAAGAACAGGCUCCUGAAGUUCAAAAUACAAAGAGAGCCAUUACUUAUCAGAUUGCUAAAAAUAGGGGACUUACACCUAGGAGAAAGAAGAUUGAUCGGAAUCCCAGAGUGAAACACCGGGAGAAGUUCAGAAGAGCCAAAAUUCGCAGAAGAGGCCAGGUUCGUGAAGUUCGUAGAGAAGAGCAACGUUAUAGUGGUGAACUAUCUGGCAUUCGUGCAGGAGUUAAAAAGAGCAUUAAGCUUAAAUAAAGUUUUUGCUUAGCUUAAGUUUUUUGGUGAUAAUUUUGGAUCAAUAAAUUUUUAUUUUUAACUGGUGACGUGAUUGUAUUAAUAUUUAAUAUCUAACCGUAAAUUUUAAAAAGUCUGUCAAUAGGGAAAAUUGUUUGGGUUACUGCUUAAUUUAUUUGUGUUUUAAUUUGUAAUCAGAUCAUACUAAGAACUGCGGGAACAGUAUGAGGGUGCGUGGGAAGAGAGAUGGUGAUGAAAAAAGUUCUCCAACAUUCUGUCCAAUAGUAGCCUAGGGAAAUUCCACAGCUAGUUGUGGAGCAACAGUCAAACUUAUAGUACUUUUAUAAUUUUUCACAUAAAGUGAAGAGAAUGCACCUUUGGCAAUCAUCUUAUUUGUAAGAUAGGCUAUAAAGUAGUUCUGACAUUAUUUCAUUUACCUAAAGUAUAAUUCUCGAGCAGCAUACUUGUUAAUAAUGAGUCUACUAUUAACUUAAGGAUUUUGUACAUUUUAUUGUGGUACAAGCUUAGGACUGAAGAGGAACUUGGUUAAAAACAGAAAGAGAUAUGCCUUAAUUACAUUAACUGUGAAUAUUUUUUAAUAGUCCUUAAUGUGGUAAGAUAAAAAUUCCAUUUCCCCUUCUGUACUGGUGGGUGCUCUUUGUACACUCCACUUGCUGAAAAUCUGGUAUGAUUACUACUGGGUAAGUGGUAACUUCAGGUGGUAACAAAAUUACGUUUUUCUUUAUAGUUAUUCUGGUCUUUACAGUAGGGAAAAGAUGAUGAGAUGGUGAACUUAAAAAUUUUUUAGGAUAAUGCCAGGGAGAAAAUGAGAGAACUAGUGAAGGAAAGCACAAAGGACGUCUUACCUAUGUAACUGUUUAUUCAUUAAACAUUGUGCUAGCUGCUAGAAAUGCAGAGAUGGUCAGUGGUUAAUAUUUAUUAUUAAAACAUUUGCCACAAGUU